UUUUUGCGUCGCCGAUCGAGUCCGCCGCAGAGUAAUGUCGCACAAGGUGGCGACAAUGCCGAUGACGACCAUCGAGGUGACGGUCCUGUCCGGGGAGGACGUGCGACGAGUGCCCUCGGGCCGGCCCCUGUGCCGCGGCGCCUACGCCGUGGUCCACACCGCGUCGUCCUCCGCGCCCACCCGCGUCGACCAGGACCCCGACUGCCACGGCUACCCGCACUGGGGCGAUGCGGUGCGCGUGGCGCUCCCGGCGGGCGCGCGCUGGCUGGACGUCGAGGUCUGCCGCGCGCGCGCCGGGGGCCAGUCGGAGCCCGUGGCCGCGGCGCGCGUCCCCGUCGAGGACUUCACCGUCGGGCCCCCAGGCCACCUGCAUUGCCUCAGCUACCGGCUGUUCCACUCCGCCGGCGGCAUGCAGCGCCGGAACGGCAUUGUCAACAUCACCGUCAAGAGGCUCGAUGGUGGCGCGCCGCCGGUGGAAGGGAAGGCGAUGUUCAGGUCGGCCGCGAAGGCCGUGGACGCCGCCGGCGCGAGCGGGAGUGGCUCAUGCUGCGCCGCCGCCGUGGAGCAGGGGAAGCCCGCGGCGCCUGCUGGCGCCGUGAUGGGUUACCCCGUUGGGUGCUAGGCGAUUCGGCAUGCUAGUUAGGAUCCACGUUCUUAUAUGACCUGAGAAUAUAUCUGAUCAGUACUCGCUAGUACUCAGGGUCGUUUGGAUUUUGUUCAUGCAUGGAGUGCUUCAAAAAGUCUAAUAAAGAAAUAACAGAUUAACAGCCCUUGUCAAAUAAUCUGCUGCAUUUAGCAUUGUUUAUUUUCU